AUUGAAACCGCAAUAAUUUGUCCUUAAGGUAAUGUAUAAGGAAUUUGACGAAAACACGAAAAAAUAUGUUCUCAACAAUACAAAAAAAAAUCAUAGCACUGACAAUCAAAAAAAUAUUCUCAAAGAUAUUAUUGUAGAACAAAUGAUGACAUCGUGACCGUCAAUGCAUUGUGUUUCAGCUGUCAUUAGAUGUCAUCAAUCACCAUAAAGUGUCAAUUUCUUUAUUUCAACUGAUCAAAUAAGUUAUAGCAUGGAGAUGAUUGCACAUAAAUUUUGCAUUCGAUUUCAACUGAUGAGCCUAAUAACGAAAUUCCAUACUCUCGUGAUGACUGGAAAAGCUGGGAACCGGGGGUUUACAAAAGUGAAUGAAGAAUUCUACAGUCAAACAUAUAGUACAACAAAAAAUGCUGAGAAGAGUAUGGCUACGUCACUUUUAUAGAACACUUUUUAUUCACAUCACUGUGCAAUUUAUGAAAUAUUUGUCGUUCGUAUCAAUACCAAAACGGUUUUCAACGAAGCAUAGAAUCGCACGUUAUUGGGGUCUUUUAUUGAUUCUAAAAUUUUAUCUCUAUCCUCUAUCCAAGCGGCUAAGUACAAACGUGUUGUUAGGGCGUUUCGUCAAUUGAUUGAGAAGUAUCGCUUAAUUACUGGUGAUUUCCUUUUUCUUCACUUAAUCAGUGUAUAGCUGUCAAUCAUCAUUUCCAAACUCAGCAUUGAAAGACUUCCCUCUAAUUUCUUAUUUCAACUUAAUUCCGAUAUUAAAAGAGCUUAAUGUCAUACAUCAAAACACCUUCAUUGUUUCGCUACUUUCACAUGGUACUUAACGUCAAGAUUAUAAAUGGGUGUUUUAAUAAAUAAGAAAAUACACGAUAUUUUGGUUGAUUGAUUUGACAUUCAUUCUAUUUUGAAAGUUGUUAGUUGGUUUUUUUAGAAAGAUUCUUUUGAGCGUAUUUUCUCCUCAUCCUUGAUGUAUUGAAGAUCACACGUACUAUAUUUAAUAACAGUUGAUAUACUGAGGUAAUAGCAGUUGAAAUACUAAGAUUUUUCGUGUUAUUUCCUUGCUGUAUUUUUAUGCGAAUACGUUGUAAUUUACAGAAUGGUUUAUUAUGCAGAACUAGAACAAUUCAGUAAUGGAAUAGAUACUAAUCUAAAGCGAAUUAAUGUGUCUGUAAUUCGUGAUAGCGGUCAGUUAUCUAAUGACAGCACCAUGUACCUGCCGUCCUACGAUCUAGACAAAAACAAACAUUUGACAAAUGCUGAUGACCAGUUGAAUCAAUCAACUAUGAUACACACGAAUCAUGGCUUUAAAUUUGCAUCAAGUAGUAAAGACAACAGAUCGACUGUGAAAAGGCCUGCAGAAGUUGAGAAACAACGGAGUUCGCAAUCUUUGAUUCUUUUCAACAGUUCACAACCAAGAACUGGUGCACAAAAUCAUUAUCAUCUAAACACCACACAAUUGUUUCAUCCGACCUAUUUCGUUCCAAACAGUUUGACGGAUGUUGAAAAAUUAAAGAAAGUCAACCAAGCAAUUUUUGUGUCGCCUUCGCAACCGCGUCGUCAUGCUAACGCAAGAGAGAGAACGCGCACGCAUAGUGUUAAUGACGGAUUCACAGCGCUACGUAGUUUAAUACCUACCGAUCCACCUGAAAGAAAAUUAUCAAAAAUCGAAACGUUGAGAUUAGCAAGUAGUUAUAUAUGGCACUUACAUUCGUUGCUCGUAAAUUCGCAUCAUGUUACGAGUAACGAAUGUGUAAAUUACGAUAACUUGCAUUAUACUUCUUGUACAUCUGAUCCUGAACGAAUUUGUACGUUUUGUGUUUCGUUUUUGCGCUCUUUUCGAAAGCAAUGAUUAUAUUUAAUUUUUUAUUGCUAUUUGUAUCAAUUAAUAUUUCGGUUCAAAAAAUAUAAUCCUUCUGUGAAUGAAAUUUCCCUCUAGGGUAAAAAAUGAUAUCAAGUUCUGGUUUUUCGUGAUUUAUUUUUCACGAGUAAUAAUUUUUGCGAAUAUAAACUUAAAAAAUACUUUGCGGAUACCUAAUUUUGCGAAUUUAUAAAAAAAUUUGCGGAAAGCGUGAAAGUUAAUACCCGCAAAAAUUAG